AUGCAAUAUAUACUUCACACUUCACUCCUCGCUCACUUUUCUACGUCGGCCAUCACCCAGAUCCGUCUCAGAGACUCUUGGGGCAGGCCGCUCUUGGAGAGCGUGCUCGCAGCCUUCGCGGGGCUGAUGGGGGCCCCGUCGGGGCUUAGCUUGGAGAACGCCCGGUUGUACCUGUCCCGCUCGACUCUCGACAUCUCGAACAGGCCUGCGAAUCGAUUCGGCAAGCAGGCGUGCACCACGGCGGUAAGGGAGGCGUGAGGUAACUUCCACCAGGAAUCGACAUGAAAAAAAUUGGCCAUGACGGCGGGGCGGAGGCAAAGACUCUCACGUGUAUUUGAGGCUGCGACGGGCGGAAGAGUUGCUGCUGCUUCGGCUUCUGCUGCGUCCGCCGUUCUUUCGCUCCCCCCUUUUUUCUUUAGCUUGUGAUUAUCGGCACCGUCCGCACCUUCCUGUUUAGCAGCUUCCACGGUUGUGUAUGGAUGCAGCGAAGGACAAAGCAAAGUGAUCUUCAGGUACUUCGGUUGAGGAAGGGUUAAAAUCAUGCCUUGGCCGAAAAGCGUAUCUUGGACAACAUCUUCGAUCCGCGCUCCAUCAGUUUGUGAUGUUAGAUCCGCCGUUCUUAUCAGCUAUUGUGGUUCUUGCACAUCAGUAUGGUUGGCAGGCGCACCAAAAGAAUCCAACUGAAAUCAAUUUUCAAAAUUGCGAAUU